AAAAGCCAGUUUAAAUGCCACAUUCACAAUAUACGUCUGUGCUUUAAUAUAUUAAGCAAAUCGGGUUUGUCGCAAGCAAUGGUUCAUGAAAGUGCGUAAAACACAUGCAACUAAUACAAAUAUUUAUCGUGUUUCCUUUUGUGACAACUAAGUUAAAUGGAGUUUGCUGUAUUCAGUACGUUAUAAGUUAAUAGAGCACUUAAAUGCUACCAUCCCACACUAUCCCAAAUUAUAAGCAAACUAAUCCGGGUAUGUCGAAUGCUGUUAAAGACUAUAUAAACACAUUAUAUAUAAAUACAUUGAAAUAAAAAUCGUUGAAAGGGACUUUGAUACAGCGCAAACAUGUCCAAUGAGAAGCCGUACUGUGAGACACGUGACACUCUGCGGAAGCGCAGGCAGAGUGGCAGUUCUGUGCUCUUGUGUUUGUGAUGUUCUUGGUUGUUGUGCGCCUCUAACUGUUGAGUUUCUGUCACCCCUACAACCCCAGCUGACAAACAUGAUGUCAAGCGUCCCGGAAAUUUAGUGCCGUCCAGAUAUUUUGCAAUAAUGAUGUAGAAGAAAGGCCACUGAGAAAUAAUGGAAGAAUUUCUGAGCAGUCUCCGUGAUCAUGAUGUCAGCUCUGUCCUGUCGUCCUGCGAGCCGGAAUUACAGGAGCUGAUGAGGCAGAUCGACAUCAUGGUGGGGCACAAGCGGCGUGAAUGGGAGGCAGAGGUUCGAGCCAUGGAGCUGCGUCUGCAGAAUACGCAGGAGGAGCUCCAGUCGGCCAGAGCUCUGCUCGACAAGAGGGGCUCAGAGACACUUAGGGUGAGGGAGAUGAUGAUGUCCCUGCUGGAGCUCCAGGACGGUGGUUUCCAAAUGUUGAAGUUGGUAGUGGAAAAGGGGUUGCAGCAGAUCCGAGUGCUGGGGAAACAGCUAGAUGAGAUGCAAGCUGGAAAACAAGAGCUAGUCGUGAAGUAUGAAGAACAACUGCAGCACGUAAAAGAUGAAUUGUCUAAAUUGAAACACAGCUAUGAAAAGCUACAGCGUAAGCAUGUGAAGGAGGCACGAGAAGGAGCUCUGAGCAGAGAGGAGGACAGGACUGAGCUCUCCUGCCUCAAAAGCAAGCUGGAGGAGUUUCGUCAGCGUUCAUCAGAUUGGGAACAGCAAAGACUGCAGUAUCAGAGACAAGUGACUUCACUGGAGGAGCAAAGGAAGAGCCUGGCUGAACAGUUUGCACUCAUCCAGUCUCAGGGUGUAGGCCGGACUCAGGAGCAGGGGGAACUGCAGCGGCUGCGCUCUCAGCUGCAGAGGGCUCAGGACAGCCUGCAUACACAAGAACUGGAGCUGGAAAGACUUCGGCUGCUUCAGGAUGAGCUGGGAGACUCCAUCAGGGAACAGCAGGUCAGCUGCCCCGCUGCAGCUCACAUUCGGGGACAGGUUUUGAGUGAAGAGCGACAGGAGCUGAAGGCCACACUGGACGCUCAGGAUCAGUUUGUACGUAGUACAGGAAUCCAGCAGCAGCAGUUACGACGAGAAGUGACCCGACUUAACCAAACUCUGCAAGCAAAAGAGCACGUCAUCAGGUCUCUAGAGGAAUGUUUAGCAUCGCACGGUGCGUCUCCAAACUUGGCCUCCCUUAGACAAGAUCUGGAGAAGGUCACCGCCAAGUUGAACAGUUCCCAGAGCUGUGAGGGUCACCUGAAAGCUGAGGUCAUCAGACUUCGAGACAAGUUGGAGAGCAUGAGAAAGCAUAAAGCAGAGAUGAGCAGACGAGAGAAUGAAUGGAAACAGAUGGAGGAGGAACACGCUCGUUGUACGACUGAAAUCAAACGUUUAUGUGCAGAGCUCGAAAGGGCCGAACAAACUCGGUGUGGGGAGUUAGAGGGAACGAGGAAGGAGGUGUCUCUGUUAACCAGUGAACUUCAUCAGCGUGACAUCACCAUUGCCACGCUCACUGGCUCCACCUCAGGCAUUGAGCGACAGUUACGAGCAGAAGUGGAGCGAGCAGAGCGACGGGCAUCAGAACUCAAGGUGACACAGGUCCAGCUUGAGACUCUAAAGCUUGAGAAUCAGCAUCUAAAUGAUCUGCUUGAGAGAGUCGAAUCAAGAUCACCUAAGAGGGGAGACGGAGAGCUGGCGAGUCUCAGAGACAGCUACGUGUCAUCUCUGAACAGUUUGGAGGAGGAGAACAGGCAGCUGAGGUUGGAAAUUACAGAGCUGCGAGCUCGCAUGGAAGCCAACAACCAGACCUGGCAGGACAAGUACGAGAGAGCAUUACUACAAAAUCAGAACAAGAACGCUCACAACAGAUCUGAUGAGGAUGUACAGCGCAGACACCAGGAGGAGCUGCAAGCCAUGGAGACUCGGAUGCAGGAAAGAGCUUCACACUAUGAGGCUCAAAUACAGACGCUCCUCAAACAGCUUGAGAAUCUGUCACGAACUUCCCCUCGCCGCCCCGAUGGCCAAUCACAAGAGAGCAGGAUGGCUGUGUCCCCAGCCCACUCUUCUGCAUCGUCCGCUUCAUCUUCAUCUUCAAGCCGUAAAGCCCACAGAAUGGCAGCUCUUCUCAGCGUGGCGGUUAAUGGAGAGGAAGUUCAAGCUUCCAGCUCGGUAGACAACUUUCUGCAUUUGGACUCCGCUGGAUCUCCAAAUGGCUCAGUGACCGCACAGUUUCUGGAGGAGGAAACGUUAAGGUCUCAAGAGCUCCUUCAGAGACUGGACGCCCACAUUCAGAGCAUGAAGCAGGAAAACGCCAACACAGUCUCCAAAUACCUGGGCAAGGACGGCAGGCCCCAAAACAGCCACUGAGUGCCUUGAUCUGAACUGAGAGACAUUUGCAGGUGAUGACUUGUCUAUGUGGCCAUUUCUAUUUGAGAAGAAGAAUACGUUUGGGCAGCUAGCCGGGAUUCAUAAAAGCUGCACGCCGAUUGGACAAGAUCGGGGCAGCAAAAAUGACACCAAAGCAGUGCCAAACAACUUUCAUCCCAAAAGUGCUGAAUACCUCAAUGAUUAUUGCACUAGUGAAGGAAUGACCACAUAUACACUCCCUAUACCCUUGACCCUUUGACCUUUCGUAUGGCCUCUUGUGUUUUUGAGCACUUGAGACACCCGUACUGUUUUGCUGUGCCUUUUUUCAAUAUUUAUGUACAGUUUAACCUAACAUACAUAUAAAAACAUAUUUUUUGUAAACCUACCGAUAUGGCUGUGAUGAGUAUGUGUUUUAAGGGUUGAAUUAAAAGAGCUUGUUUUCAUA